AUGUGGGACAGGCUUCAAGAACUGGGGGUCACCCCUGCACAGCUGGAGGAAAGGCAGGACCCGGACCCACUGUGGCAGUGCUUUCUGUGGAACUCGGCCUCCGGUCCGAAGGACAACAACCGUCACAGUCGCAAGAACGACCGCGUGUCGACGAUUGACACGACAGGUCUGGACGCUGCGAAGCUACAGUGCUGCAGCAAAGCGGUGACAACCAAGUGUCGCAACCUCUGCAUACGGUCCCUGUCCAGAAGCGAUUUGCACGGGCACUGCAGACAAAGCCAUGAACCCAACUUCUACAACUGCCUCGGCAGGCGAGAAGACGGACAUAAGUGCUGCUCGCACGCCAGCACGGACGAGUGUCGCGACGCGUGUUCGGCCAUCUUCGACCGCGACACGACGCCGACGCCCGCCGACCGCAAGGCGAUCAACGAGCACUGCUUGCACCAUCAUAACAAGCGCGUGCUCAAGUGCGUCGAGAACUACUCAAAGACGACACCCGCCUCGAACCCGAUGGAAAGCAUCCACUGCUGCGAGAAGUCACACAGCGAGCAGUGCAGGCAGGCUUGCCAGCAGGUGCUACGUAACUUCACUACGGAGCAGGAGAUCAUGGACGGUCUAGUCGCGGGCUGCGGUCUGCCCUUCAAACGACCUCAGGUACGUUGCAAGAUGGGUGAGGUAUCCGAGUUCAUGGUAUCUAAAGGCACGUUCGUGCGCAUCCCGACGCCCAACAACGACGUCGACUUCCGCGACCCGGGUUGCUUCAAGCUGUGUCAGUGCACGGAUAAGGGCAUCCUCGAGGCGUGCGUCAACAUGCCCUGCUCCGGCGCGCGUACGUGCGUGCACGGGGACCAGGUCGUAGCACACAACACACAGUGGGGCGAAAGCUGCAACCUGUGCGUCUGCUACGAUGGCGCCGUCAUCUGCAGCAAUCGUCAGUGCGGUCCUGCGAUGACGAGGAGCGCCGGCAGCGCCCCCUCGUUCACGGGUCUGCCGUGUAACUGUCCUGAGCACUAUGUACCAGUGUGCGCUGUCAACGGACGCACCUACCCCAGCGCCUGCAUCGCAAGGUGCGCCGGACUCGAAGACGCGCAGUUUGUCUUCGGCACGUGCGCCUCGCACGACCCCUGCCGGCCGACGGACCCGUGCGAGGCGGGCCUGCGCUGCGUGCCGCGCCGACAGACGUGCCUGCUGAACCCGCCUGGAGGUGCCGAGGCGGCGGUGGCCAUCGACGACGUGUGUCCGCAGUACGUGUGCGUGCCGCAGCAUCUCAACUGCGGCGUCGAGCCGUACGACGCCGGCUGCGGACUCGACGACCGCACAACGAUGUGUCAGUUCAUACGCAAGCGCGGCGAGCACAAGGGCGAGUGCGUUCAAAAGUGCUCCGGUGACGGCGCCGUGUGUGGACGCAACGGUGAGACGUACAGUAGUGAGUGCAGUGCCUGGGCGGACAGAGUCAGUGUCGACUACAGGGGUCCGUGCACGGCCGUCGGUCAACUCACCCUGUCGGACCGAGACAACCCUCAGUGCAGUAGCAUCGUCUGCCCGGAGCUACCCACGCGCACGUGUCGCGGCAUCAUCCCGCCAGGCACCUGCUGUCCCGUAUGCGGCGGAGAGGUUCGCAUCAUCAUCAGCCGCUCUCAGGCCGAGCACGCGGCGCGCAGCACCGGUGGCGCUCCCUUGUCGGUGCGCUUCAUCGCCGAGAAGCUGCGCACGCACAUCACCGUGCCGGAGUGCGACGUGUUCGGCUACCUGAGCAUCGAGUCCGAGAUGGUGAUUCUCGUCACCCCCGUCACCGAGAAACCGACACCUAUACAGAUCGAGGCUUGCCACACGGAGGCGCAUAAGAUGGAGCUGAUGAUUCGAUCAGGAAGUCCCACGCUGCUCUCAGACCUCACGCUGUCGCCGCUCGUCACCGCCAGGGUGCGCACGUCCGUCGUCGUAAACGCGAACGCGUCGGCGUCGCAUCGGCUCUCCAUGUCGCUGCUCGCGGUCACGUGUCUUGUCGUCAUUUUACACAGACUCGCGUCGCUCUGCUCAUGACAGUGAGCGCACACCAGGUGGCACUAGUGACCAGCAAGUCAGUUGCUCGGUGGACGCAGGGCUGCAUUGAUAUAGGAUAGUAUUACAGCGAGCCUCUUCCUCAGGAGUUGUACAGAGUCGGCAGGUCGGCGCUAGGCGUAGAUGGUUAGGCCGUAGGCAGGGGGUUUCGGUCAGGAAAGCGCAGGGGGUUAGCGGAUCGAAUAUCGCGUUGCGCGUGCUUUUUGUGCCCACGCUUGAGAAAGUGGUUCAGGCGCGUAUGCCCGUGGUCUAGAUUUCGCUGUAUAGUUGUUUCACGUUACUGUCAUAAGGACUCGAAAGGCUGUAAAGGUUUCGCGCGCCGUCACCUCUGCGCGAAUCCUUCGUUUACUGAUUGCUUCGUUGCAAACCAAAUUAGACACGAGUUUAUAUAGGUGAUAUAUUCGAGAAUUUGUUUAUUUAUUUUUGUAGAUAUCGCGUAUUUUGCCGUAGAUUUUUUUCUUAGAUUGUUUCGUACCGGAGCGAGGACUAUACGCGAGGGAUCUGCCAUGUGUAUCGGCAGACGCUGGAGAGGUAGGCAAUCUACCUAUUACACCUGUGUAGGGGUAGGUAGGUAAUCUACCUAUUACACCGGUGCGGGGGUAGGUAGGUAAUUUACCUAUUACAUCUGUGCGGGGUAUGUAGGUAAUCUACCUAUUACACCUGCACGGGAAAGUUGUACGACGAGGCUUAUAUGAUAUAUACUCAGCAGGUUUCGUAAGAAGGCGAUGUAAGUUGACUAUCGUGAUGAGAUUAACGGUAUGAAUACGUUUGACGAGCUUUUUGUACUUGUACUUGUACUUAUAACGCAGGGUAAUCAUGUUGCUGUCAGACAGCUGCUGUUACGGUACGCCUAUACGCAUAGCAAGUUUUCCAUUGGCAUGUGUAUAAGUCUUACAGCGUCCCCCAAUUUCCUAAAGGCGGCAUUUCAUUACAUGAUGUGCUAUUAUAUACGUAUAUUCGAAUAUCCAGAAACUAUGCUGGGGAAUUCAGAAUAAUGUCGCCUAAAUAUUAUGUUGCUAUCUGAGUAUGGUCUGUAGUAGUAAGACGGCUGCCUAGGCUAUGACCUUACCGCGUAGUAAGAGCAGGUGCCGACAUUAGCAACUCCCUAUUAUAUAUUUAUCCCCUCAUUUACCUCGCUCCACAUUUCUAUUCUCCCUCCUCAAAAUGUCAUGUCAAUCCUUGAAAUUUGGAGAGAAAAAUUCGAAUCAUUUAGUUUUAGACAGCGUUUGCCACCUCACUUGCAAAAUGAGUUCAGCUCGAUCUCCGCCGGGGGCAUGCGGCCCCUGUUUCGGGCAAUCGCUGGUGCCACCCUUAGUACCACAUGAGACGCGCAACCAUACCGAGUGAUUCGUACAGUUGGUUUGCGGGUGAGUGUUAUAACGUUGACGCCCACAUUUUGUUUUCUGCAUGCGCUCAGUCUGUCACUGAUGAAUCGGAGACAUAUAAAAACUGAACUAAUAUUUUAAGCUCAUGUGUGCAUUAACUAAAUAGUGGCCUAAUCGAUAGAUGCUAUAAUUUGCUAUAAUUUUUCUCUUUCUUCGUUGAUUAAAUUUGUCAGUGCCUUAACGCAUGGUAUAGCAAGUCACGCAUUCGUGCCCAGCAACAAUGCCUUGCCAACAACUUAACAAGGAUACGCAUCAAUCGUUACAAAACCCAGUAAAGGCUCGUUUUCCCCCGUAGUAACCCGCCGUAGACUUACCAGCCAUUGGGCGUGGGCAGCCAUGUUCCACGAUUCAAUUUUCUGUAAAUAAAAUAGUGGGGACUGGGAGGAAUGCUAAUGUGGAAAGGGUGACAUAAGAGUGGCUUGGAGGGGGGGGGGUAAGAGGUAGUCUAGUAGGAAAACUGGUAUUUAAGUUGUUCUCAGUUUUUUUGCACAAGACUGCCAUCGUUGUUGCAUAGAAUUUGGGUGUUUUCAGAAUAUUACGUGCACACGUUCCUGGAUAAUGCAUCAACUCGCUGCGCCGCGUGAUAACAAUAGCACGCGGUCCUUAUCUGUGUUAGUGUGUUCAUAUAUGAGUUUGCAUGGUUUGGAAUGUCGAUCAUAUAGUAUUUCAUAGUGAAACUUGGUAUGUUAUCAGGUUUUCGUUACAGUGUUUUACUGAUUUGUUAUUUAGUUGUUAUCAUGACGUAGUAGUUGCUUCGUGUACAGAACCCGCCGUGUGGUUUCACGCAUUUUGUAAAUAAUGAUAUGACUUUUGUUUAUAAAUGUACAGUUUAGCGUCGAAUUUAAAGUAUUUGCACAAAAUAAACGAGUUAUGAACAAAUAA